AUGGGGCUCGGCAGCAAUCUGAAUUUAAUCAUCCGAAUAUGGCUGACUGUAAUUACCUUCCACCGCGGUCACAGUGAGAAUGCCGAACCGAGGGCACUAGAAUUAUCAUACGGGCACACUCCUGCCGCCCCGAAGUACAUGACCACGCAGCUGCUGCAGACGAUCUACUCGCCGUCGUCGAGCAAACCGCUGCCACCGUCGAAGCCGUUCGUCAAGUCUGACCAGAUCACCACCCUCAACAUGGUCCACAGUUCGACGCCGAAGAUAACGGCCGCCAUUUCCUCGCACGGUGCGGUCGGAGUGAAGUCGGCCAAAUUCAACGGGCAGUUCAGGGACAGUGCACCGCUAAUCGUCCAGAAGUCCACGUUGAAGCCGCACCCGGUGAUCAACAAGCUGCAGUCGCAUAUGGCCAUCGCCGGCUUCCGACCCAAGCAACCCAUAGCCACCAGCUCGAACCGGCUGGAGCAGUUUAUCAAUCCGAACCUCCUGUACGGUACCUACAUCCAGUUCGGCCAAUCGCCCGCAAUCCUCAGCCAACCGUCGAAGACAAAGUUCCUCGGGCAGCUCAACUCCGGUGUGCCGAGUUUCGAUACGCAAACGCUGAAGAGCUUCUUCAACGCGCCCGCCUACACUCCGAGUGUGGCCCAGUUCAAGAAGCUGAACUACAUCCAGCAACAGCAACAGCAACAGCAGCAGCAGCAACCGUUGGGGUCGGUCGGGAAGUUUUCGUUCCCCCACUUCAACCAGAUCCCGGCCGAUCUGGCCGAGUUCCCGAAGAAGUACGUUACACCCUCGUCGGCCGAAAAGGAACUGACGAAGGGUGCCGGGGGUAUCGACUCGACACCGCUCUUUCCUCACCUGCCACCGAGCGUGCUGACGCCAUUCUUCCAGCAAGUCCAGCAGCAGCAACAGCAAAGCUCGUCCUACAUUUCGGGCAAUAAGUACAACAACUUUAAUCUUAAAACCCAACACCCGGCACCGCCGGUAGCACCGCAAAGCGGGUCGGCUUCCAAGCACAGUUUCUCCCAGCAGUCACAGCUGUUCCAGCAAGCACACCAAACGGACCAGGAGUCGCUGGCCGAGUUUGACAGCGGGUCACCCUUCGGAGGAGCGGCAUUCGGUAGCUACAGUACCGCGCAGCCGCUUCCGAUCGAUCACAAACCGUUCGAGAUAGUGAAGUUCAAGGAAGCGCCCGGUAAGCAGUUGCCCAACAAGUACAACGAAAUCCGCGACGAGUACAGCAAGAACUUGGUCCCACCGCCACCGAGCACGCAGCAGGCGCCGUUCCUGCCGACGGUGCUGAACCAUCUGGCCGAAUCCUCGCCGAGCAAGGAUCCGAUCGAGAUCCUCAGCAAGUACAACAUCCACAAUCCGCACUCGCCGCUCCAGGACGCCAAUCGGUUCAGCUACGAGUUUCCGCGUCCGACUUCCGGAGCACCGGCCUUGAGUACCGCCACUUCGACUACCACCACGACGCAGUUCCCCACGGCCACGACACUCCCGCGGCAGCAAUACUAUCCGCAGCAGCAUCACUACAACUCGCCCCAGCAUACGUUUCACAACGGGGAGCACCACUUCCAGCAGCACCAGUCGCCGGUUCUGGUGACCCCGUUCAACGAGCUGGGCGACGGUUCUUGGUUUAACCGCGAGAAGUAUCUGACGACCGAGAAACCGAAUGUGUUCAAGCACCUUUUCCGGCCGGCCGAGAGCGAGUACAAGCAGCACAAGCUGAUGCACCCGUCCUACACGGGACUUCCGCCGAAUCGGCGCCCAUCAUCGGCGCCCUCCACGACGACGACGACUCCGGCCAGCGUGAGCGCCACCACCAGCUCACCGUGGGACCAGUCGACGGAGGAACCGGUCAUCACGCACAGUUUCUUCACGAUCGAGGACGCGAUCGCCGACCCCACGCUGGUUCCGCCCAAGUCGAAGAAUAAGUACAAGUACACGACCGACGCGGAGGAAGAGAACCGCCAGGAGGAUCUGCAGCUCGAGAUCGUGACGAUCGGACCGUACUUCGGAGCGGAGGAGUCACCCCUCCUGCCGAUGGUAACGACAGUGGCACCGAGCCGGGGCAGCCAGGGAGCCAAGGGCUCAGCGAACCGGAGGAGACGGCCAAAGCCACCGCAUCACAGCAGCACCACGACGGAGUACUCCACCGAGCCGGAGUCCGCGGAAACGACGACCAAUGCCGGCACCACACUCGACGCUCGCAAUCGCAAUCGAAUCCGCUUCCGACCGAAACCGGUCACCACGGUUCCGCCGGCCGAGGCGGAAGCUGCGCCCACGACGACCCAACCGACCCCACCGCCACUGGCCACGUUUGCAUCGAACGAGGAGUUUGACGGCACGGUCAUCAAAAAGUUCCGCAAGAAGCCACACUUUACGCGCAAUCGGUUCACGGUCCUGAACCAGCGGGAAGAGGACAAAGCUUCGGGACUACCGGGUGGAACGGAACCGCCCGUCGGAACGCUGCCACCGGCCACGACGACCACGUCCAGCACAACGGUGACGAGCACGUUCAUAGCUCCGAGUGAAGCCGGGUUGCCGGCCGUUGGCGGAGGUCUCCGGUCUCGGUACCGUCCCGCACCGCAAUCCAAGGCCAAAGACUCGCAAGAAGAAACGCUGGGCGAAGCGGGUGCGAAGGUCAGCACACGGCAACAGAAUCGCCUUCCGGUGUCCUCCUCGACGGUGGCUUCAUCAACCGAUGCCGGAGCCAUUGCGGCUGUGUUCAACUCGGACGAAUCGACGCUCAACUUCUCCGAAGCGCAGAAUAAAUCCAGUGCCCCCGGACGAGGUGGAGAACUGAAUCGGCCUCGGUUCAGUAUCAAGGAGUACCGGAACAAGUUGAACCGUACGGCAACUGCCACUCCAACGCCGACCGCCGGAAGUGAGGUGGAGACGACUACGGCAACUAAGCUCCGUUUUCCGACUCGCAAUCGGUUCUUGUUGAACGCACGGCUCAACAAAACACUUGAAACGAAUGAGAUCGCACCCACGGGCGUGGGUGCCACGACGGAACGGACCGGCAACGAAACCACAACCCGAAGCUCCUUCCGGCCGCACGGAACCCGCACAUACAAUCGGUUCACGGUGAAGAAACCCGUCACCGAAACGUCGUCGGUGUCGAGCGCCAACCGCAGUCAACCGGCCGGUGUCGGAACGCUUGCGAAUCGUGGUCGCACCAAAUCGGACCUCGGAACCAAUCGGACUACGGUACUGUCGUCGUCGUCUGGGUCAACCUUCAACACGACGGCUUCGCUGAUUAAUCGGCGUCCACCGAAGAUUACGCUGCGGCAACGUAUUCAAAACUUCAACCGCAAGAAGGAAUCCGACCAGCCGACGAGUGGAGCGGGCGCUGUAGACGAUGGCACCCAGAAGCGGGACGAACCCGUGGUUCCUGCGAGCGAUCAGGACAAUUUGCUAUCGUCGUCGGCCGAGCAGACCCGACCGAUCGAUGAUCUGGGCACGCUCGGGGAGAGUGGCUCGCCGCAUCGAUUCGGUGGGCAAGAGGAGAGUUCCACGCGGGGCAACAGUGUGCCCAGCACCACCGAGGGUUACCGGCACCACGAGACGGCGAUCAUGAAGAUAUCUCCCAAGGACCCGAACACCGCCGUCACCAGCACGGACGAUUACGAUCUGAACAGUGCCUCGUCGGACUACUCGAAGCGGGUGGUCGAACUGACGCUGUCGGGCACGGGCCACAAGGACCGGGGCAGCUUCAAGUCCGUCAACAAGGGCCUGCUGUCGCGCAAGGUGCCAGGCUACUUCACGCUCGCCACCGAGGAUCCGAUCCUGCCGAUCGAAGCGUUCUUCCCGCAGGUCAAGAAACCUAGCGGUGGUUUUGCGUGA